UUCAAGUCGAACGUUCUGUGGCAAAAGGCAGAAACAGGAGCAACGGAAGGGAAAGGAAAGGAAAGCUGAGCCAAGUCGAAAGCAGUCCGAGUGUAGUCCGAACUAGAGCCACUUUGUUGUCGCGCAAAAGAUGUGCGAUACCAGCAACAAGCCGCAGAAAUGGAAAUGUGAAAUAUGCACCUAUGAAAACUAUCCAUCCUCCCUAAAAUGCACAAUGUGCCAGGCGUCCAAGCCGCUGCUGAACGAGGAUAUAUUUCGUCUCAGUCCAGCGCAGACCACACACGAAAACUAUAUUGCGGAGGGAGCGGCAGCUGGUCUGCCCGUCUGCGAGCCAACAUCAACGUGUUUUGCACGCCAGCAGCAGCAGCACCAACCACAACCACAGCAGCAGCAUCCGCAGCAGCAACAGGCCAGGCAAAGCAAUGUAGCUGACAGCGAGAAAUGGCCAUGUAAGGUGUGCACCUAUCUCAAUUGGCCACGCAGCCUGCGCUGCGUUCAGUGCUGCACGAAACGUGGCGGUGCGGCAUCAGAGUCGUCUGCCACAGCUGCGGACAGAGAUUCCACCGAUUGUGUGGAUCGGGCUGGUGACGCACUUCAAGCGUUGCGCAUCAGUGGUUCCGACACGGAGCUAAAUGCACGUGGUGGCUCCAUCAUUGAUGCGGCGGCGGAGAACAUUAGCAGCGGCAGGCAACUGAUAGGCGCAGCUGCCUCAAAUUCGAAUAGACGUAACCUCAGUCCGAGCAUGGAUCAGCAGAUCUGCAGUAAUUCCACGCAUCUCAAUAACUUGGCCAACACAUCCCAUAGCCAACAACCGCAACAGCUGCAGCUGCAGCAACAACAACAGCAGCAGCACACCAACCAGCAGCAGCAGCUGCAGCAUCAACAGCAACAACAAAACUCGCAGCAAAAACACUGUUAUGUGGCCAAAUGGGCUUGCAAUUCGUGCACUUACGAGAACUGGCCCAAGAGCCUCAAGUGCUCCAUGUGUGGCAAGACGCGCGAAAUUAGCGGUUCAGGAUCGCAGGGCGAUUUGCAUGCCUGUGCCAGUAUCUCAGGCAGCAACAAACAGUUGAACGUGCAGGAGGAGCAGCAACAGCAGCUGCAGAACACUGACACUGUCAGUGUCAACAACUCGUUCAACAAGAAGCAUAUUUACCAACUAGGUUCUUCGGAAACCAUCAACAACUGUGAUACGCUGCAGGAGCGCCAGGAGCGUCGUCAGCGUCAGAUCAGGCGUCAGGUCGACUGGCAAUGGCUGAACGCCUGCCUGGGCGUAGUCGAGAACAAUUACAGUGCCGUCGAAGCGUAUUUGUCGUGCGGCGGCAAUCCGGCACGUUCGUUGACCAGCAAUGAAAUUGCAGCGCUGAAUCGUAACUCGGCCUUUGAUGUUGGGCAUACGCUGAUCCAUUUGGCUAUACGUUUUCAUCGCGAGGAAAUGUUGCCCAUGCUCUUGGCACAGAUCUCUGGCUCUGGGCCGGGUAUUAAGCGUGUGCCGUCUUAUGUGGCGCCCGAUCUAGCAGCGGAUAUCCGUCGUCAUUUUUCCAAUACGCUACGCAUCCGAAAAUCCGGCCUGCCCUGUCACUAUGUGCAGAAACAUGCUACCUUUGCGCUGCCCUCGGAAAUCGAGGAGCUGCCCAUACCCAUACAGGAACAGCUGUACGAUGAGCUGCUCGAUCGCGAUGCACAGAAACAGCUUGAGAUGCCGCCACCGGCUCUGAACUGGUCGCUGGAAAUAACCGCACGUCUCAGCUCGCGUCUGUUGGUGCUGUGGAAUCGCAGUGCCGGGGAUUGCCUGCUCGACUCGGCCAUGCAGGCCACCUGGGGUGUUUUCGAUCGCGACAACAUACUAAGGCGCGCUUUAGCUGACACCCUGCACCAGUGCGGUCAUGUUUUCUUUACGCGCUGGAAGGAGUAUGAAAUGCUGCAGGCGUCAAUGCUACACUUUACACUAGAGGAAUCACAGUGGGAGGAGGACUGGAGCACGCUGCUAUCGUUGGCUAGUCAGCCGGGCUCUUCGCUAGAGCAACUGCAUAUCUUUGCCCUAGCCCACAUCCUACGACGGCCAAUCAUUGUCUAUGGCGUCAAAUACGUUAAGAGCUUUCGUGGCGAAGACAUUGGCUAUGCCCGUUUUGAAGGCGUCUAUUUACCAUUAUUCUGGGAACAAAACUUUUGUACAAAAUCACCCAUUGCGCUGGGUUACACUCGGGGACACUUCAGCGCUCUGGUGCCUAUGGAACCAUUCUCUCGCAUCGAUGGGCGUCGCGACGAUGCCGAGGAUGUUACCUAUCUGCCGCUAAUGGACUGCGAGCUUAAACUCCUACCCAUACACUUUUUAUCGCAGUCGGAGGUUGGCAAUGAGGAGACCAUGAUGCGUCAAUGGUUGGACGUGUGUGUCACCGAAGGUGGGCUGCUGGUUGCGCAGCAAAAGUUAUCCAAACGUCCGUUGCUUGUUGCACAAAUGCUAGAAGAGUGGCUGAAUCAUUACAGACGUAUUGCACAAGUGAUAACAGCGCCGUUUGUGCGUCGACCGCAAAUUACUCAUUAUUCGAGCGAUGGCGACUCGGAUGAGGAGUAGUGGGGAAUACAAUAGAGCAGGUCAAAGGUCUUCUCAAUGGAAUUUCGCUUUGGUUAAUGAAUUGGAAAUGGAUUGAUUGGUUAAAACAUAUUUAUAUAUAUAUAAAUAUUUUAAUAUGGUAGCAGGCAACAGUUGAAAACGGUUGAUUUGACUGCAAUACCAGCUCCUAUGCACAUGCGGUUAGCUAAUUGGAAAAUAUUGAGAAAAACAAAAAUCAAUAUAUAUAUAUAUAUAU